AUGAACCAGAAUUUAUUGUUCGCCCUGCUCGAAGAAUUAAAAGAAUCCAACAGAGUCCUCAUCUCUAGCCAAUCUGAACUUCUCUCGGAAAUAAAUGACAUUCGUAAAGAAAAUGCAGCCAUUAGUGAAAAGUUGGACAAGCUUCAGGAAGAUCUUUCUCAGUGGGAUAAACUCGACUUUUCUUUGAAAUCCCCUUACGAUGUUCCUGCCUCUCUAAAGGAAGUUGGAGUAUUUUCCGACAUGCUAUACCCUCAAAGAUGCCAUUCUGAUCCGAGAGAUGAAGAUGGACAAAGAAGGCAGUUUGGCUGGGGACUUUACAAGCAACUUGCCUGGGAUGUUCUCGGACCCUCUGCCAAACGCCUUUCUAUUGAAGACCUUGGAAUUUGUAUUGACAAUGUUCGAAGAAGUCACAUGAUAAAUUCCGUAAUUGACAGGGUGAACAAAGAGCAUGACAUAGAUGAGAAUACUACAUGGGGUAGUCUUUCGCUCCGUGCACAGAACAGUGCCGCGCUUUAUCUGGAAGAACUGGCAGCUCCUCAUUUACCACUGAGAGCUUGUGUUGGAAAUUGGGGUGCAAAGAUGAUGCUGAGAAAGUUUUGGAAUAAUGGCCUACAGGAUUCUAAGCAGACUUCCAAUGACAAUACAAAUAGCUCAAAGUCUGAUCAUGCAGUACUCGAUCAUACAGCCGACUUUUUACAAUCCAUCCCUCGAUCACAGUUUAAUACGUUUGCACCACAAAAUAUGCCAUUGGAUCAUCUAAUGGGAUCAGAAACCUAUAGACAUAUAGAUGGUUCAGUGAACAGCAUGCUCGCAAUAGAUUCUUUUAGACAACCAUUCACUGAAUCUCCGUAUCUAACAGCUACAAGCAGGCAUGUAAACCCAUUAAUUCCGGGCUGUGAUAAUGAGGGGCCUUCCAAAAAAGACAAGAAGUCAUAUCGUAAAUCUCGUAAAGUCUUAUCUGGAAAGAGUGGAGUUAAAAAGUCAAGAGGCAUUUCACUAAACAACACUAUCGUGCUUAAUAAAGAUACCAAUAAAACGGUGUCAACUCGAAAGCAACGUUCUGAUAAAGGAAAGAAACGCACCGCACACAAUCCCCAAAUUUAUUAA